GUGCGUUUAUUUCUGCAGUUAUACCUGGGACGCUGGCGAAAUACGACGUGUUUGCAGUGUAUGUUGCGGCAGCGUGGGUUGUUUUGCCGGGUUCCGAAUCGUGGCGCGUACAUUUCGCAACCUGCUGUUACUGGCGUGAAAGAAGCAGAAAGUGUUUGAACAAUAAUCGUAGACACUGGAAAGAGUCUAACUGAGCAAGCAUUAAUUAUCGACCGAAGUGCUUAUUUAAAUAAUAGUGUAAAGUGAUCAUUGGUCUCAAUUUAUCGAGCUGUGAAGAACACUACAAUACAUAAUAGGAGCUCCAGCAUUGCCACAGUUUGUGAAGCAUUUGUCUCAUCUAAAUUUUAGGUGCGCGUUUGCAAAGUAAAUCGAUAGCGAAAGCAAAACAACAUCAACGGUAGUAGCAAAACAAACCCAAGCUGACUUGUCUAAUCAACACCAGCAAUGACUAGGCGGCGAAAUGCGAACGCCUGGUUGUUGGUGAAAUGCGUGACAGGAGGAACACUGGUGAUGUUGCUUUCCUUGGUGACCCCCAGUAGCGGCCAUGGAAGAUUAAUCGAACCACCCAGUCGGGCUUCGGCGUGGCGGUAUGGAUUUUCCACUCCGCCGAACUACAACGACCACGAGCUGUACUGCGGUGGGUUCAACCGGCAGUGGCAAAAGAAUGAUGGAAAAUGUGGCGAAUGUGGCGAUGCAUACGAUGUCCCGAAACCACGGCCCCACGAGUACGGUGGCAAAUGGGGUCAAGGUGUUAUUGUUAGACGCUACCGGCCAGGAUCGGUCAUUACGUUGAGGGUCGAACUGACAGCCAGUCACAUGGGCUAUUUCGAGUUCCGAAUCUGCGAUAGCGUGAAAGCCCAGCAGGACUGUUUGGACAAACAUUUGAUGAAGAUUCUCAGUGGUACCCCAAGUGUAACGAAUCCCAAUGAUCUUAAAACUCGGUUUUAUCCUCGCAACGGUAGCCGAAUUUACGACAUGAAGGCAGAACUUCCAGAAGAUCUGCAGUGUUCGAAUUGCGUUAUUCAGUGGAAGUACGUUGCCGGCAACAACUGGGGCGUCUGCCCGGAUGGGAACGGAGCCGUUGGUUGUGGGCCACAGGAGGAAUUCAGAGCCUGUGCGGAUGUUUAUGUUGGCGAUACCAGCGACGGUGGCAACCGUACUCCGAUCCGACCGGGACAACGUCCUCUUCCGACGAGAAUACCCGCUAUCAAUCCCGAGCAAGGUUCAUCCGGUGGCAAUGGUACCGACGAACAGAACGCAGACGAUGAGCUACAGCCGGGAGUCAAGUACAUGGGACCAUUGGUCGCCAUUCUGUCGCUUUUUCUGGUCCUAUGUGGAUUUGCUGCACUCUAUAUUUACCACUAUCAUGGGGGUCGGAUAAAGGCGCUGAUGCGCUGGAACCGGAACAAGAACCAAAAAUGCGCUCAACACACGGAAGCAAAUGCACCAAGCGUGGAGAAACCUCCGGUGCCACCGCCGCGAACCAAGCGAAUCUCCCAACAGAUGCGAGACAUCGAAGCCGAAGAGUCAAGUGUGCUAACCGGGAGUAGCAAAGCAUCGAUUCUCACGUCCCAGCUGAACAUUUAGGAGCGCCUCAGUUCCCCGACAAGGAGUAUCGAAUGGAAGCGGAACUUCCAGUCACUUGUUUUUAAUGUGCAGUUGGGAGAGCGCGAAGUUUUUUUUUAUUUAUUUUAUACAGUAGUUUAGCGAAAUGUUGAAGAAUACGGCGAUUAGCGCCAACACUGACUGAUCGAAUCACAAAACAAAUCACGUUAGAAUUAGGCAUAUGCGUGAUAUAGAUAUGGCAAGUUCCGUAGUGAGCUAGACACGUUAGCUCUGUAGUAACUAGAUGACGAAUAAAACGAUGUUCGAUUAUGUGUGCUAACAUUUAACAAGCAUGCUAGCGAGAAGCUGCAAGAUAUCGAUACAUUAGAAGUCUAGACGGUUAUACGAAAUAAACGAAAACUGUACACCGAAA